ACUGCAGGCUCGGGUUCCAGUGCCGACCGCAGACAUGCGCCCUCCACCCGGGAUCCGCUGCGCGCUGCUGCUGCUGCUGCCUUUGCUGAGCUCGGUUGAAGCCCAGGUCAACCCAGCUGUGUGCCGCUACCCACUGGGCAUGUCCGGUGGCCAAAUUCCCGAUGAGGACAUCACGGCCUCCAGCCAGUGGUCGGACUCCACGGCCGCCAAGUACGGCAGGCUGGACUCGGAGGAGGGCGACGGCGCCUGGUGCCCCGAGGUGCCCGUGGAGCCCCAGAACCUGAAGGAGUUCCUGCAGAUCGACCUCCGGGAACUGCAUUUCAUCACGCUGGUGGGCACCCAGGGCCGCCACGCCGGCGGCCACGGCAUCGAGUUCGCCCCCAAGUACAAGAUCAACUACAGCCGCGACGGCUCACGUUGGAUCUCCUGGCGGAACCGGCAGGGGAAGCAGGUACUGGACGGGAACAGCAACCCCUACGACAUCUUCCUCAAGGACCUGGAGCCGCCCAUCGUGGCCCGCCUCGUGCGUUUCGUGCCGGUCACCGACCACUCCAUGAACGUGUGCAUGAGGGUCGAGCUGUACGGCUGCCUGUGGCUCGAUGGCCUGGUGUCCUACAACGCCCCGGCUGGCCAGCAGCUCGUGCUCCCUGGGGGCUCCGUCAUUUACCUGAAUGACUCAGUCUACGACGGGGCCGUCGGGUACAGCAUGACCGAGGGCCUGGGCCAGCUCACGGACGGCGUGUCGGGGCUGGACGACUUCGCGCAGACGCACGAGUACCACGCGUGGCCGGGCUACGACUACGUGGGCUGGCGCAACGCGAGCGCGCAGGGCGGCUUCGUGGAGAUCACCUUCGAGUUCGACCGCGUGCGCAACUUCACGGCCAUGAAGGUGCACUGCAACAACAUGUUCGCCAAGGGCGUGAAGACCUUCCGGGAGGUGCACUGCUUCUUCCGCUCGGACGCGGGCGAGUGGGAGCCCAACGCCGUGUCCUUCCCGCUCGUCCUGGACAGCGUGAACCCCAGCGCCCGCUUCGUCACCGUGCCCCUGCAGCACCGCAUGGCCAGCGCCAUCAAGUGCCAGUACCACUUCGCCGACGCCUGGCUUAUGUUCAGCGAGGUCACCUUCCAGUCAGAUGCCGCCAGGUACAACACCUCCGGGGCGCUGCCCACCUCGGCCGGGGCGCCCAGCACCUACGACCCCAUGCUGAAGGCGGACGACAGCAACACGCGGGUCCUCAUCGGCUGCCUGGUGGCCAUCAUCUUCAUCCUGCUGGCCAUCAUCGUCAUCAUCCUCUGGCGGCAGUUCUGGCAGAAGAUGCUGGAGAAGGCGUCCCGGCGCAUGCUGGACGACGAGCUGACCGUCAGCCUGUCGCUGCCCAGCGAGGCCAGCUCCACGCAGCGCCGCGCGUCCCCGGCCAGCGAGCGGGAUUCCACGUCCACCUACGAGCGCAUCUUCCCGCUGCGGCCCGACUACCAGGAGCCGUCCAGGCUCAUCCGACGGCUGCCCGAGUUCGCGCCCGCGGAGGACGAGGCAGGCAGGCGGGGGGGAAGCCGGCCCUGCCCGCCGGGCCCGAGGGGGCGCCCCCACUACGCCGAGGCGGACAUCAUCAACCUCCAGGGCGUGACCGGGGGCAACACCUACUCGGUGCCCGCCGUGGCCAUGGACCUGCUGGCCGGCAAGGACGCGGCGCUGGCCGAGUUCCCCCGCGAGCUGCUGGCCUUCAAGGAGAAGCUGGGCGAGGGCCAGUUCGGGGAGGUCCACCUCUGCGAAGUGGACGGCAUGGACAAGUUCGCGGACAAGGACUUCGCCCUGGACGUCAGCGCCAGCCAGCCCGUGCCCGUGGCCGUGAAGAUGCUGCGGGCGGACGCCAACAAGAACGCCAGGAACGACUUCCUGAAGGAGAUCAAGAUCAUGGCGCGGCUGAAGGACCCCAACAUCAUCCGGCUGCUGGCCGUGUGCGUGGCCGAGGACCCGCUGUGCAUGGUCACCGAGUACAUGGAGAACGGGGACCUCAACCAGUUCCUGUCCCGCCACGAGCCCCCCGGCCCCGCCUGCAGCUCUGCCACCGUCAGCUACGCUGACCUCAAGUUCAUGGCCACCCAGAUCGCCUCGGGCAUGAAGUACCUGUCGUCCCUCAACUUCGUCCACCGCGACCUGGCCACGCGCAACUGCCUGGUGGGCCGGAACCACACCAUCAAGAUCGCCGACUUCGGCAUGAGCCGGAACCUGUACAGCGGCCACUACUACCGCAUCCAGGGCCGGGCCGUGCUGCCCAUCCGCUGGAUGUCCUGGGAGAGCAUCCUGCUGGGCAAGUUCACCACGGCCAGCGACGUGUGGGCCUUCGGGGUGACCCUGUGGGAGAUGCUGACCUUCUGCCAGGAGCAGCCCUACUCGCAGCUGUCGGACGAGCAGGUCAUCGAGAACACGGGCGAGUUCUUCCGCGACCAGGGCCGCCAGACCUACCUCCCGCAGCCGGCCGUGUGCCCCGACGCGCUCUACGCACUCCUGCUCAGCUGCUGGCAACGGGAGGCCAAGCACCGCCCGUCCUUCCAGGAACUGCACCUGCUCCUGCUGCAGGGCCCCGAGUGACG